AGAAUAAGAACCUGUAGUGGCGCCUAUAAGUAGGAAGGAGCAGGCGCGGCUUGGCCACCUCCCACCGAAAGGCAAGGAAGGACCGGCUGCGACACGAGGAAAAAGGCCCCUCGCCCUCGGCCGAGCGCUUUCCUCUACUGGUUCCCCGGGUUCCCCUGCUUGCUAGCGGGCUGUUCAGUGCGUCUUUCCCCGCAGGCGUCAGGUACUGCGCCUUCAUGGCGGAGGUGAAGGUGAAGGUGCAGCCGCCCGACGCGGAUCCGGUUGAAAUAGAAAACAGGAUUAUAGAAUUAUGUCACCAGUUCCCUCAUGGAAUCACAGACCAAGUAAUUCAGAAUGAAAUGCCUCAUAUAGAAGCCCAGCAGCGGGCAGUGGCCAUCAAUAGGUUGUUGUCUAUGGGUCAGUUGGAUCUCUUAAGGAGUAAUACAGGCCUUUUAUAUAGAAUAAAGGACUCUCAGAAUGCUGGCUCUAUCUCAUUCUUUUUAAGUAAAAUGAAGGGAUCAGAUAACCAAGAAAAGCUAGUAUAUCAAAUCAUAGAGGAUGCAGGAAAUAAAGGAAUAUGGAGCAGAGAUAUCCGUUAUAAAAGUAACUUGCCAUUAACAGAAAUCAACAAAAUUCUGAAGAAUUUGGAAAGUAAAAAGCUUAUAAAAGCUGUGAAGUCUGUAGCUGCCUCAAAAAAGAAGGUGUAUAUGCUGUAUAACCUGCAGCCAGACCGGUCUGUGACUGGUGGAGCCUGGUACAGUGACCAGGAUUUUGAAUCUGAAUUUGUAGAGGUGCUUAACCAACAGUGUUUUAAAUUUCUACAAUCCAAGGUAGAGUUAUCCAUGGAGGACAUUGAAACCAUCCUGAAUACACUAAUUUAUGAUGGGAAAGUGGAGAUGACAAUCAUUGCUGCAAAAGAAGGCACAGUUGGCAGUGUAGACGGACACAUGAAACUGUACAGGGCAGUCAAUCCAAUCAUCCCGCCCACGGGUUUGGUCCGGGCACCCUGUGGACUCUGCCCGGUUUUUGAUGACUGCCAUGAAGGUGGUGAAAUUUCACCAUCUAAUUGUAUUUACAUGACAGAGUGGCUCGAAUUUUAAUAGAGAGCUAUGAACUUUACUGACCUUUUGCAAAUGAAGUUACUUUGAGAGCAGAUAAUUUAAUUCAUGAUGGAACAUCAAAUCUCCUUGAAAGCAAACUUCACAAUAAUGGAUAUAGACUUGCAGCUAUGAAAAUAUAUUUUUUUAUUUAUGAAGACUGAAUUUAUAUUGGUAAAGUAGCCAGUAGAAUAUGAAAGAAAUAAGGUUAGUAGUGAAAUUCAUUCUUCAAAAAAUAAAACACUUUGAAACUCUGGAGGACCACAUCUUUCAAGACUUCUGAUGGGUCAAGGAAAAAGAUGCCAACAUACCUAUAUUUACCAAGUACUAUGAUAACGGCUAGAGUGUAAAAAUAUCCUUUUAAAAGUUAUUUAUUAAGUUCUUCAUUGGAACUUUUUUUAAUAUCUGGUUCACUAUCACCAUUUCUGUUUUCUACUUUCUCAGUGGUUUCAUUGAAAAGAAAUUAAAAGUGGUUAAAGGCAGGAAUAGCAAAGGAGUGUAUGCAGACUUGGGGUAUGACUUGACUAGGGGAGAGUGGAACAUGCCUUUUCCACACAUUAUUAAUUCCUUUUAUAUCAGAAAUAUUCUUUUAGAUUAUGCUACCAUAUUUACUUCAAACCCGAUGACUACUGUCAAGGAUAUAUUUUCAGUACAUAAAUAUCAUUUUCAUCCUAAAGAAUAUUUUCACUGUUCCUUCUUUCUUAAAGUCUUAUGUUUCACUCUGUAAUUCAGAUGUAUUCUUUGCUAGAAUUUUCCCUAGAUUCUUAUUUGUCUGCAACAGACGAAUAUUUGUGUGCCCCCAAAAUUCUAAUGUUGAUAUCUCAUUUCCAGUGUGAUUGUAUUUGGAGGUAGGGCUUUGGGAAGUAAUAGGUCAGGAGAGUAAGAGCCCUCAUGAGUGGGAUUAGCGCAUGUAUA